GCUGACUCAUGGUGGAAAAUAUCCCUCCUUCUUUCCCCUCCAAUCACAAAACAAAUAUACAUGUAUUUAUGCCCUCUCACAACUCUCAUUCUCUAUUUCAUACCGCUCCAAAAAGACUUAACGGUUUGAAAAGGAAGGACCUUGAUUUGACGCUCAAGUGUCGUUUCCUGAACUUGACGUGGCUUUGGAACGACUUUGCGGAACACAGGGAAAGAGAGUGGGGCGGUGAAAAGGGGCGAAACAGAGAGAGUGGAAACAGUCCUGUGAAAGAGGACAAGGAUAUCAGACACCUCCCGUGUCAGUACUCGAAAUGGGUUGGUCUUGGGCUCUAGCCUGCUGCUGUGCAUUAGUGCUGGUGUCCGCGGCAUCUGAAGAUAGGCCUGGCAUUGGCAUGUUACAGCGAGAGGCCUCCUUUGACAUAGAGGAGCUCCUGCAAGGGGUGAGUCAGCUAGAGCCUGAUAUGACCCAGAGGGAGGUGGACUUUGGGGGACUCUGGGAACCCAUAGAGUUUCCUGUCAUGGAGCAGAGAGAGGUCACUCAUGAACAUAUGAAGCCUUACCUGCUCAAAGUCCUCAAGGAGAGAGCGGGCUCCAGGGCAGCUGAUGUAGAUAUCACCCAGAGGGAGAUCACCCUGCACCUGGACACAGACUUUACACCUGGAGGUCGGCCGAUGGCUGGGCCUCGCUCGUUUGGGGAUUCCCACCCCAGUGUCCUCUUCCCCCCUGGCCAGCCAUCCCCUAACAACCUCCAGGCCAUUUGUCUCCAUAGCAGCCGUCGUCCCCGGUACCCAGCCUACUCCUUACCCCAGACAGGCUUUGGCUACCUUCGUCGUCAAGGUGACGCCAUCAACCGGAUAGAGUCCUGGUACAGCGCAUGUUGCCAUAGGAAUGGGACACAGCAGGUCCAGGAAGUGACGCUGUGCUGCGUUACACAGGCGUGGGAACAGGCCCUGUCCACAUUCUGUACUGAGGAGUUCUCUGUGAAGACUCGCCACUACCACUGCUGCAAGAAGGAGGGCGGGGACAGACUGAGCUGUUUCCAUAGGGAAAACCCAAACCCCACCUACCUGCCGACCACCCAGAGGGCAGGCUCCUCCCCCAUACCUGAACCUGGCUUCACCUUUAACCCCAACACUUGUCACAAGUCCCAGUCUGGUCCGCGUGCUGUCAGAGGGGAGAAGCACAAGAAGAGCCCCCAAGCUACUCCCAGAGACUCUGACAUCAGCUUCCCCCCUGGACGCCCCACUUUCGACAACAUCGGAUUGGUCUGUCAUCUACGCAAGCACCGCCCUCUCUACACCCCCAAGUGCCUGCCACGUACAGGCUUUGGCUGGCUGGCCCGCCAAUCAAAGGCCGUGAACCGCCUGGAGAGAGGGUUCAAACACUGCUGUAAGGGACAGGAGGACGUGCUACCCUGUGCUGAGGGAAAGUGGCGUGAGGUGCUUGACAGGUUCUGUGAGGAAGAGCAGAAGGGGAGGCCUCACAACUCCUCCUGUUGUGAUGUGGGAGAAGGUGAGGACAGGUAUACCUGUUUCUCCUCCCGCGCCCCUCAUCCAGACUAUGAACAAAAGCUUGACUCUGCCUCUGCCGCACCACAGACUCACACCCUCGGACACAUCUGUGAAACAUACAAGGUCAUCAAGAAGAAGUUCCCUGUGGCUCUCCCUGUCCAAAACUUAGUGGACCAAUGCUGCCCUCUGCCAGCAGACCAGAGAACUGCAUGUGUUCAGAUACAGCUAGUGACGCUGGCAGAGAGCCGCUGUUCUGCAGAGAAGACCUCCUCCCCUGCUGUCUUCCAGAAAUGCUGCUCUCCCUCCUCUCAGGACGCCCCUAAGUGCCUCUCUGGCCUGCUCAUGAAUGCCAUCACCAAGGCAACCAAGUCCCCACGCCUUAGAAAGAGGAAAUGCCCCCUCGCCUGAUUUUUGUUUAUGUUGAUAACUUUUCACGUUUCACUCUGAUGGCAGUGGGCCAAUCUGAAUUGGCAGUCAGGGGAUUUGUGCAGUAGUCACUACAUGACCAUGAUAGAAUUGGCUAAUACAGAAGAACUGUUGAGCAAUUGCAUGAUUUAGUCAAACAGGAGUUAGGGUGUGGGUAAGAGUAAGAAUUUAUAGUUAGAAAGUUACAUUUAUUCUAUAUUUUCUAGCAUGGCCAGAUGACAACUAAUUAAUGUAUGGUAUCCGAGUGCACAUAAUAUUUCAGUAUUACUGUCAGUGUCUGUCAUUAAGAGGGUGUUAUAAUGAUAGAACACCUGGAGAGCUGAUAUAUCUGCUUUACGAAUGAAAUCACCAUUUGUAUGACCACUUAUUUUUAUACUCAUGUUUCAGAUUAGUUAGUUGUAUUUUCUUAUAGUUACAGAAUUGCUAGUCCAGUUCUCCUGUUCUAACAUUUGAAAUAAAUCUGUAUAUUUUCCAAAUGUU